AUGAUCAGAGCCGCUUUGCUACUUCUUCUCUUCCAAUCCGGUCUGAGGUGCUUCCAAGUGAGAAGAGCUUCCACAAAUCAUGAGCAUCUUGGCAACGUUUUUUUUCCCAGCGUAAGGGGAAGACCCGCCUACGUUGGGGGUCUUCCGCCGCUGAGAUGGAGCCCCCCAAAGGGAGCGGCAAAUAAGGCACAGACGAAGCGGUGCAGAGGAGACCCCCCAGGUGGGGAAGUGCACACCACAGGUGAGGAAGUGCACUCCGUACGUGACGACCUGCACGCCGCCCUAAAUAAGCAACUGCAAAACGUCGCGAAACAAAUUUUGCGAGACGAAAAUGUGAAGCUACCCAAGCACUGCCUCCUUGAAGAGAACAAACUGUUUGACCAAUAUGAAUACCAGUCGAGUGUGAUUCUCUUUUUGGAGCAUUCAUUAGGGAAAGGAAACGAUGUGCGCAGUGAGAUCCUCCGGAUUUUGAGGGGAACAUGUGCAGACCUAAUAGACUCUCUUCAUUUAUCCCCCAAUGGGAUACUCAACAUCCGGGUUGCCGAUGCGUUCGUGGUGCGGGAGUUUCUGCAGUUUUACAGGGCUGGGGGGGCUCACAUGGGGAGAGCUGCAGUGGAGGGAGGCACAAAUAACAACUUCCAAAAAAUGGAGACCCCCCAAAGUGGGGAUCGCCACACCGUCCUGCUGGACUUCUGCGGAGUGAACAUGGCGAAGAACAUGCACAUGGGGCACCUCAAGUCCCUCCUCCUCGGCAACGCACUCAGCAACAUCUUCCGCUCUUUAAACUAUUCCGUGAAAUGUAGAAGCCAUAUAGGCGACUGGAAUAUGAAUAUGGCGAUGGUCUUAAGUUUUUUUGUUAUGUUUCCCCGCGAGGUGCUAUCGAGGGGGAAGCUAAAUGAGAGAGAAGUGCCUAGCAUCUGUGGAGCUGCCAAACAUGAAAAGGAGAACUCGUGCGAAGGGUCCACUUCGCCCUGUGUAGCCAGCGGUCAGAUGAAUAGACACACACAUGUGGAGCACCCCGUGGCGGCAGAUUCAACGCAGCCUGGAGUGAACGAAGCACCUCAGAACCUGCUGGACGAAGAACUGCUCAUGAACAUGCUGAGCAGCUUGAGGGAGGAAAACUUCGAUGAAGGGUACCAACAGCUGGACCCAUCCAAGUGGGAAGACACAAACUUGCAUAACAUCGAGUUUGCGUACAAAAUGGGGAAGAAGCUUUUUACCUCCUCGGACGUUUUUAAAAGGAUCAGCAAAAGGAGCUUACGCAUGAUGUAUCAGAGGGAUGAGAAGAUGAUUGCCUUGUGGGGCAACAUUUGCAGGAGAAGCAAGCGGGCGAACAAAGAAAUUUUGGAUAAACUCCAAAUCAGGAGGUUGAUAGACAAGGGGGAGAGCUUCUACGUGAAGUUCGUGCCCACCGUAUUGCGGCGACUGGAAGACGCCAAUGCGGUUUUUCAGCUGGGGGGGAAGUCCUGCCUCCUGCUGAGGAGCAGGGGCGGGGCGGUUAGCAGCAACCCGGUUAGCAGUAACCCUGAUGGCAGCAACCCGGUUAGCGGUAACCUUGUUAGCGGCUGCACACCGAGCGGCAGGAAAGACACCCACAUUCUGAGCAGCUACGAGGACCACUACGACGUGAUGCAGGCGACGCACGAGCUGCGCGAGCAGGCCAGGAGGAACGACGCCGACCAAUUGAAGAAGAACUUCACCCUGCUGACGCUCCAAAACGAUGUGGCCUUCACCUACGCAGCCAUUGACUUAGCCGCAAUACACUACCGAGUGACACAUGAAAAGGCAAACAAAAUAAUCUACGUGGUUGACGAAAAUCAGAGGAAGCAUUUUAUGCAAAUCUUUGCCAUCGCCAAGUUUGCACAUAUUCUCCCUGACCAAGUAGAAUGUGUGUGUCUGAAUUACGGCUUUGUUCUAAACUCAGAAAAUAGAAAAAUGAAAACGAAAGAUUUGUGUAAAAAAAACGUUUCCGUUAAGGAGAUGCUGGAAAGUGUCAAGUUGGCUAACCUGGGUGGGCACACAGGGGAGAAGCACACAGGGGAGAAGCACACAGGGGAGAAGCACACAGGGGAGAAGCACACAGGGGAGAAGCACACAGGGGAGAAGCACACAGGGGAGAAGCACACAGGGGAGAAGCACACAGGGGAGAAGCACACAGGGGAGAAGCACACAGGGGAGAAGCACACAGGGGAGAAGCACACAGGGGAGAAGCACACAGGGGAGAAGCACAGAGAAAGCUUCCUCCUGUCGUCCCUCAUUUAUUCCUACUUGGCUGUAAAAAAUUACAAACGACAAGUAAUAGGCAACAUCCUGAACAAUUUUCACGCAGAGUAUCUUCUCAUAAUUAAUUGCUACAAUGAAGUGUCCUCCAUCUUGGGGAAAGCAAAAAAAGGCGAUUACUCCUCCCUUUUGGAAAAGAGAAAAAACAUACAGAUUGAAAAAAAUUUAAAAAAAUUGAUGCUACACAUGAUGCGUUUUAACAAUAUCACGGAGGAAGUGACUCGCAGCUACAGCGUCGACAGAUUGUGCUCCUUCCUCUUCACGCUGUCCCAGAAAAUGCAGCCCCUUCUGCAGAGCAGCAGCGUUCAUAAUUUUUUGAGCGCAUUGAAUGGUUUGCUAGGGAAGAAGGAGCAGGCGGAGGAACAGGUCAACGACGUGGCAGGCGACAAAGGCGAAGUGACACACGUCAUCCGUGAAGUGACCCAGACGGAACUGUUCCUUCUCCUCAAAAACAGCGGCCUGCUCGACCUCCGCGAAGACGAAAGUUUACCUGAACAGUCAGGCAAAAUUGAAACGCUCAUUUUUAACCGAAUUUUGGAAGUACUCAUUAUGCAGGCCUACCUGUCCCUCGUGGGAAGAACAUUUGGCAUGCUGAAUUUGCAGCUGGUGAACUUUGGCCGACGUGGACGUGCGCCGGGGGCCGCGCGUUUGUAG